CAAGGUCUGCUGGCGUCAACAACAAUGCGAGCGGUUCUCGUUUUGGGCGCAUUAGCGCUCCUGAUGGCGUUGGCCAGCGCAAGAGACCUGCGCGAGAAACGGGACGCAGACUUGGAACCGGCGGCCUCGCAUCAUCAUGAGAAAGGUGGUGGCAAGGAACACCAUCAUCAUCACCACCACGACCAUGGUGGCAAAGGCCAUAAAGGAUACAAGGGGCAUCAUCACCAUGAACAUGGCAAAAAAGGACACCACCACCAUGAAGGCCACAAGGGCCAUCACGACGAGCACGGUGGACACAAGAAGCAUCACCACCACGACGACGGCCACCACCAUGAGCACCACCAUGGAGAAAAGGGAGAGAAGGGGCACGGCUUCGAAGAAAAAGGCCAUUACCACAAAGGUCACUCCACCAAGGGUCACCAUGGUGUUCACAAAAUAGAUGAGUUCAAGAAGGACAAGCACUUCCACGACAAGCAUGGAGAUUCUGGCUACGAAGAAGGCCACGGUGGACACCAUCACGAACAUGGUCAUAAGAAGGGAGGUCACUUCCACAAGGGACACCACCAUCACGGCCACCACGAGCACCACCAUGGCAAGAAGGGCCACCACGAGAAGGGCGGACACCACCAUGACCACAAGGGACACCACGAUGAGGAAGGCCACCACGAGCACCACCACCACCACCACGACCACGGCAAGAAGGGUGGACACGAAGACCACAAACACUGGGGCUUUAAGAAGGGACACUAAGUCAA